AUGAAUACCCCAUCUUCUGUGGCAUCUCUCGCCUCAGGCGACUCCGAUACAUGUGAUAGACGUUCAAAGGCGAUCCAUGCGAUUGCUUACUCUCCGGACGGCGAUUACGUUGCUACCGGUCACAGGAAUGGUGUCAUACGCCUUUGGGAGACGCAGACCCUACAACAGUAUGGAGAAGACCUGCGAGGGCACUCUGAUGAAGUAUUGUCAAUUGCCUAUUCUCCGGAUGGUCGGCGACUUGUGAGCGGGUCCUAUAAUGGCACGAUCCGUGUAUGGGACACCGAAAGGCAUACGGAGGUUCUGCAAUUACAUGCUGAAGCUGACGCUUCAGUAUGGUCAGUGGCUUACUCCCCUGACGGAAGCCUCAUCGGGAGCGGAGGUAUUCAUGGCCUCAAGCUUUGGGAUGCCACUACAGGGGAAUGCAUCGCCGCUAUUCCAAGUCAUGGCACCACCUCAGGCUCCAUCAAUCUGUAUAUCACUUUCUCACCCGAUGGGAGUCAUCUUGCUACAGUUUCUAGAGACCACCUCAUCCGUGUCAUCAACGUGGAGGAGAGGCGGUUAGCCUUCAAGCCCAUCGCUGGACACAAAGCUGGAAUACGCUGUGUUGCCUAUUCUCCUGACGGGAGCUUGUUGGCCAGUGCCUCCGACGAUCAUACUUUGCGAAUAUGGGAUGCUACGUCCGGGAAACUACGGAAGGGUCCACUGAAGGGCCACAAGUUGGCCGUUUCCUCUGUCGCUUUCUCCGCAGAUGGUCAGCGAGUUCUGAGCACCUCAGCUGAUGGCACCGUCUGCAUCUGGGACAUUUCCACCGGGAAGGUCGUAGUUGGUCCUUUGUUUGGUCACAGCCCUGAAGUCACCGCAACCUUUUCUCCAGACGGGAAGCGUUUCGUGAUCGGAGAUCACGACGGUACUGUCCGUAUGUGGGAUGCCGCCACAGGAAAAGUGCAGUUUCCCCCGCUCAGCAAAGAAGAUAUCAGCCAUUUUCGCGAUCGAGAAUUAGAGGCAUUGCGAGGAAUGAAUGCAUUCGGCCUCGUUGAUGCAGUAGCAUGGUUCCCGGACGGCCAACACUUUGUCACGACGGGAAGGUUCAAUGUUAUCCGAGUGUGGGAUGUCAAAACUGGCGAGGAAUCCUCGGAUCCGUUCUUUGGCCAUGUUGGUCGUGUCACGGCCAUAUCAAUUUCUAAUGGCGGCGAACUAGUGGCCAGUGGAUCACAAGACACAACUGUCCGUCUUUGGAGCCCGCAGACGGCUGGCGAGACGAGAGCUAGUCCGCUAAAGGGACACAGUGGGCCCGUUUCCGACGUAAUGUUUACUACCGAUAGUGCACGGCUCGUUGCCUGUAGCAGGACCGGUGAGAUACGGAUCUGGGAUACGAACACAGGGGAAAACAUUUCAUUGGUAGACGGUAUCAUAUCCACCUUUGGCUCAGUCGGGAUUUCUGCUGAUGGAAGAAUGCUUGCGGGCGGCUCGCUCCACGGGGAUGUUUCCGUGUGGGACCUUGACUCUCUCAAACUUAUCGCAGGACCUUUCCCUCACGAUAGCCGCGUCAUUCAUGUCAGCUUCUCGCGUGAUGGCACUCAUGUGUUCACUGGCACUCGCAGGAAGAGAGCUCGUACGUGGGACGUGGCGCGUGGGGAACAGGUGCAGCUGGCGACAGAGGUGCACUACGCUUCUAAUACGCUGAAGAUGAUGGAUUACAAUUCGGAUAGGACACUGUUUCUAAGCGUAGGUGACGACAAAUCGGUUUGGGUAUGGGAUGCCACGGACGUCAAAAGCGUAGUCGGUGCCCUCGUUCACGAAGUCGAGGUAGACCACGCCAGGUUCUCACCUGAUGGUAAGAAGGUUCUUACAGCUUGUGUGGACGGCUCGUUACGAAUAUGGGAUGUGGCCACUGGCAGUGUCAUCCUUCCACGUGACGAUUCGGAUAACUCUAAAGACGGAAACUCAAAUGAUGGGUCAAGAGAUGGUGAAGAUGACAGCAUUAUGAACAUGCCUGCCACGGUUAAGUCUCCAGCACAAAGAUCUUCGGCCGCACAACGCUUUUUCGACCACGAUGGCGACGAAGUGCCAUCGUCCAAGAGGAAGAGGUCACCCACAAAUCCCAGAACCAAGUUGGAGAUAGCCUCUAAGCCUCUUGCCAAAUGUCGCGGCUUCUUUCGAAAACUCACAGCUUGGAACUUGGUCGUAUUUGCCGAUCUCAUGGCCGACCUCUCAGCGCAGGAACCUGAGCUAGUCACUAGAACUGGCACCGAACCUGAAGCGGAGGUAUCAAUCCCCUCCAUCUCUCAAGAUGCAGAGCUUGUCGGGGAGCUCAAGCCCUUUUCAGGCCACACAUACGGUAUCCGCGCUAUCGCGUAUUCGCCUGAUGGAAUGUACAUAGCUACUGGCUCGGGAGACAGUACUAUCCGCAUCUGGGACAGGAACACAGGCAAUCAAGUAGGAGAAACAGUGACGGAGCACACAGGCAAGGUGAACGCUAUCUCUUACUCGCCUGACCAAAGGUUCCUUGUAUCUGGAAGCGAUGACCAUACGGUGCGCUUUUGGGAUCUAGAGCAUGGGUACAAACAAGUGGGAGAGCCCAUCGAAGCAGACACAAGCGACGUGUUAUCGGUCCAGUACUCGCCUGACGGGAAAGUUGUAGCCAGUGCAGGCAGCGGUAACACGGUCAAGCUAUGGAGCACGCUCACACAUGAACUUAUUAUGGAGCUUGGGGAGCUCCCUGGCGGCGUUAAAUACUCCGUUUCUUGGGCACCAAACGGAAAGCGUCUCGCAGUCAGCGCAUCAUCCAAUGAUCCAAUCUCCAUAUUCGACCUAGAGAAGCGCAAGUUUACGAUGCACCCUAUCAUCGGACACAAGGACACUGUCAAUACGGUGGCGUUCUCACCUAACGGAACCUUGCUUGCAAGCGGAUCUGAUGACCGAAGUGUGCGCAUAUGGAACGCGAAGACAGGAAAGGCUUACAAGUGUCCGUUCAGGGGUCACCGGAGCUAUGUUCUUGGUAUCGUGUGGUCUCCGGACGGCAAACGUCUCGUCGUUGGCAGUGGAGAGGACCACACAUGCGUCUGGGACGUUCACAAGGGCCAGAUUAUCUUCCGUAUACCCUCUCGUGCUGACCGGGAAAGUGACUGGAUAUGGGCAGUCGCUUACUCGCCCGACGGGAAGCAUUUUGCACGAGCGGACGACCACCGAAACAGCCCGGAGGUUCAGGUCUGGGACGCAAACACGGGUAGGCUGGUACAUCCUUCUAGAUCGAACGAAGAAGAACGCAAAUGUCAAAGACAGGAUAGGGAUGCUCUUAACAUAGUUGAAUACUACAAGGCUGGGAAAAUGCGCACAGAAGGAACGAUCAUGGCCGUUGCAUGGUUCGCAGACGGACAGCGCUUUGCUAGUGCCGGAGGGGACGGAGGUGCGAAAAUCUGGGACGCAGAGACAGGUUCUCAGGUGGGCGAGCCCGUCAAAGGCCAGAAAGCCGUGAAUGCAGUCUCCGUCUCCGCGGACGGCAGGAUACUGGCGACUGCAUCAGACGAUGCUACAAUCAACCUCUUCGACGUCGAAUCAAGGGAGUUGAUAGUGGGGCCUCUGACGGGUCAUACCGACGCGGUCUUGUCCCUGCGUCUUGUCCCCGAUGGUUCACGGAUCGUUAGCGGAGGCAAAGACGGCACGAUCCGGUUUUGGGACGGUGCUACCGGAAAGAUGGUGCACACUCUCGAAGCUCACAAAGGUCCUGUGUGCGCACUCUCAAUCUCCCAGGAUGAAACGAAGCUCGCGAGUGGAUCGGAGGAUAACACCGUCUUCGUCUGGGAUUGGCAGACAUACGAUCUGCUUGGUGGUCCGUUCCACCACGGCAGCUGCGUUCGUGCAGUGUGCUUCUCGCCAGACGACACGCGUCUACUUAGUGGCUCUGACGAUGGCGUUGCUCGUGUUUGGAACGUCGCGAGUGGAAAUCUAGCGCUUGACCCCAUAAAUAUUCACUCGGGUUCGAUCGGUGCGGUUGACUGGUCUAGCGAUGGUUCAAGGCUGCUGACCACCGGCACUCAUGACUGGACGAUCUGUGUUUGGGACGCUGCGACGGGCAAGCGCAUCCAUGAACCACUCGAAGGGCAUGAUGCUGGUGUCAAGGCUGCUGCGUUCUCAUCUGAUUGUAAGCUCAUCCUCAGCGGUUCGAUGGAUGGCACACUGUGUGUAUGGGACGUGGAGACUGGUGAUAUCCUGUUGGAUAAAACGGAACCAGACGUUCAGGAAGAUUCAGAUGGUCCCAGUCAGAGUCCCGGUGAUCCACAGGAAGGCACAUCUGCAAACAAACGGGCUCGUAGACAGCCAUCGGACGACAGCUUCAUGGAGAUGCCAGCCACUAUUGCAAGGAAGAACAAGCAAGGUCAUCAAGCCCGUAACUUCUGGGACGAUGUAGAUACCGGCGGGGGACAAGGUACUAAGAUCAAGAAGGCCGCCAAACAGCGCCCCAAGAAAGGACUGUUGAAGAGUCUAUGGCCCUCUCCGCGUAAUGGAUCGGCCUCAAAACAGAACACAAAGCGCAAGGGCAAGAAUGUGGCUGGUGUCUCCGCUGAGGGUCAUGCCAUGCGUCGCAUGCGCCGCACUGAAGGCAAAGACGUGAUCCCCGCUCGUGACAAGUUGCGCGUACUUGCAUCAGGAGACAAUCCACACGCUCGACGCAGCUCCCAGGAGGAACCCGAGUCGGAUGGUGGAAGUGAUUCGACGACAGACCCGGAUGAUCCCAACCAGCCUCAUAUCGACUCCAGCAGCGACGACGAGAGCGUGCAUGGCUUAAUUGACACUCUACAUUCUCAGAAGGUGCAGAUGAUCAGACAUGCGGGUGGCUCAGAGGAAGAGGAGGAUGGUAACGCGUUAGCCAACAAGAAGUAG